AUGGAAACAAAACUGUCGGAUAACUCUGUUUCUCGUGUGCGACAAUCUCUUCAUUUCCCGAAUGGCUUAGAAUCUCCUCGCUCUGGCCUUAGUGGUGGACUUUUGUUACUUUGGAAGGAUGAAGUGGAAAUAACUCUGCUUAAUAUGGGUUCCACUUUUUUUGAUUGCUACAUGAUGGUAGAAAAUAGCCCCACGGUUCAUUUAACAUGUUUUUACGGUGCCCCGGAAGUCAAUAAUCGACAAGCAUCUUGGACUCUAUUUGAAAGACUUGCGGAUGUUGCUCCUCAUCUCCCUUGGAUUGUUAUUGGUGAUUUUAAUGAAAUUCUCUCAAAUAGUAAUAAAUCGGGUGGAGCUCUUCAUUGUGAAUCCCAAAUGGAUGCUUUUCGAAAAGCCAUUGACAAAGGUUGUCUUCAUGAAACUCUAGUUGAAGGUGACCCUUUUACUUGGGCUAAAAAUAGGGCUGCUACUAAUACUAUCAAAGAGAGCAUUGAUUGGUGUUUCAUCAACAACCAUUGGGAAUCCUUCUUUGAGUGCCCUCAAGACUCCACCGACCCUAUUGCUGCUAUUAUUUCCAAUAUUACCACAUGUGCUGGACAACUUCAACUUUGGCGUGAGCACAAAUAUGGGAAGAUGAAGAAAAACAUUAAAAAAUGUCAAAAGCAAGUCGAGCAGCUCAAUAAUUCUUCCAGUCAUAGCAGCAGCCACUUUGAUGAUCUAAAACAAGCUGAAUCAAUCCUUGAUGAGUUAUUGGAACAAGAAGAAGUGUAUUGGCAGCAGCGAUCUCGAGUUGAUUGGCUUGCUUGUGGAGAUAGAAAUACCAAGUAUUUUCAUACAAAAGCUAGUGCCCGACGGACCAACAACCACAUCAAGUUUCUCUUUAACAAUUCGGGUGGUAAGGCUUCCUCUAUUGCUGAUAUAUCAACUGUUGUUCAAGACUUUUACGCUGAUCUUUUCACAGCUGGUAACAUUGAUGAGUGUGCCCUUGCUCAUACACUUGAUUGUAUUCCCACUUUGGUAACUAAUGCUCACAAUGAUGCUCUCCUUGCUCCAUUCACACCAGCCGAAGUUGAUAGUGCCCUAAAGACAAUGAGUUUGGACAAAAGCCCGGGAAUUGACGGAAUGUCCGCCAUGUUUUAUCAACAACAUUGGUCAAUUGUUGGUGAUCUUGUAUCACAUGCCGUCCUCAACAUACUCAACACUGGUGCCGACCCUUCCAACCUUAAUCACACUUUAAUCACACUCAUCCCAAAGAUUAAGAAGCCUCAUCAUAUGAAGGAUUUUCGGCCUAUUAGUCUUUGCAACGUCAUCUCCAAACUUGUAACGAAAAUGAUUGUAGCUCGGUUCAAAGAAGUUCUUCCUUUGGUUAUUUCUGAUACUCAGAGUGCAUUCUUGGCUAAUCGGUUGAUAACUGACAACAUUCUGGUGGCUUUUGAACUGGUUCAUGCAAUUAAAAACAAGACUGCUGGGAAACAUGGCAUUGCUUCUCUCAAGCUUGACAUGAGUAAAGCCUUUGAUAGGGUUGAAUGGAAGUUCCUUGACGAAGUAAUGAAGAAAAUGGGAUUUGCCAAUGGUUGGGUCUCACUUAUCAUGAGCUGCCUCACUACCAAUCGAUUCUCCUUCCUUAUUAACGGUGAAGUUACGGGUUCUUUGACUCCAAGAAGGGGGUUGCGCCAAGGCUGUCCUUUAUCUCCCUAUCUAUUCUUGAUAUGUGCUGAAGGAAUAUCACGGUUGUUGCAACGUGAGCAGGAUUUGGGAAAUUUACAUGGUUUUAAACUCACUAGGCGGGCUCCCAUGAUCUCCCACUUACUCUUCGCUGAUGAUAGUCUUCUUUCUUGUCAAGCUGAUGAGAGCUCAUGUCUAUCCAUCAAAAGGGUUUUGUAUACCUAUCAUCGAGCGUCAGGCCAAUUAAUCAAUCGAGACAAAUCUGUGAUGUCCUUCUCCCCGAAUACCACCUUGGCUGCCAAAGUCUUCUUUCAUCGACACCUUUCUAUGCCGAUUAGUGAGUGUCAUGAACGGUACCUUGGCCUUCCAUCUUAUUCAGGCAGGGAUAAAAAGGAGCUUUUUAGUAACAUGAAGGAAAGGAUUUGGAAACUCAUGCAAUCUUGGAAUGAAAAACUCUUCUCCGCUGGGGGUCGGGAAGUCCUCCUUAAAGCGGUAGUCCAAUCGAUCCCAACCUAUGCUAUGAGUUGUUUCCGCUUGCCAGUCUACUUUUGCAACCAACUUGAGAGUAUGAUGUCAAACUUCUGGUGGGGAAUGAAUGAAAAUGGUUCUAAGAUUCACUGGCGUUCUUGGAAUUUGCUUUGCAAAACAAAAGGCGAAGGUGGAAUGGGUUUUCGCUCUUUCAUCCAAUUUAAUCAAGCUCUUCUUGCCAAACAAGCUUGGAGGCUAGUUGAAAAUCCAAAUUCUCUCCUUGCUACACUUCUCAAGAGCAGGUAUUUUCCUAACAACUCUUUCUUGGAUGCAAGAAGAUUGAUUCGAAGUGGAUUUGACCCGUGGAUUCCUAGGCACACAUCCUUUUUACCUUUGACAUACUCGGGUCCUUCCAAUGGUGUUGUGGCUAAUCUUAUCACUGAUGAACGACAAUGGAACGCUACCUUACUUCAGCAAUACUUUAGCCCUAUUGAUGUUGAUAAGAUCCUCACACUUCCAUUGAGUUACUUCCCCUCUAGAGACAAAUUGAUAUGGCACCACCAUUCUUCAGGAAACUUCACGGUUCAAAGUGCUUAUCACCUAGCUACUUCUUUGGAAGAUGAAGAUCUUAGCUCCACUUCUACAUCAACUGUGGCUUGGUGGAAACUAUUUUGGUCUCUCCAAGUCUCUCAAAAAGUGAAGAUCUUUCCUUGGCGCGCCAUACAUGAUGCUCUACUUGUUGCCACAUCACUUGUUCGAAGGAAGAUCAUCACAGAUUCAACUUGCUCCAUUUGUAAACAAGCUUGGGAGUCAACGGGACAUGCUCUUUUCAGUUGUAAGUAUGCCAAGGCUGUUUGGCGAUCUUUGGGUUUAAGCUUUAAUUGGUCAGCUGCUGCAUCUAUGAAAAAUGGUGAUUAUGUGACACACCUUUCCUCUAUGUACAACAAAACUGAGAUGGAACAGCUGUUCUGUACUAUGUGGGCCAUUUGGAUUGAACGGAACAAUAUAAUCCAUGGGAAAAAAGCAAGAUGUGCCCAAAAUCUAGCUGCCUUUGCCUCGGUUUUUCUCCAAAAUUUUAGAGCAGCCCAACAACGAUCAUCUGCUGCCAUACCAGUUACUACACCAGCAACACCAGCACUCCCACACCAGCCCCUCCCUCGGCUAUCUGCUUCUGCUGCUUGGCAUCCUCCAGCAGCUGGUACCUUCAAGCUCAACACAGAUGCGACUGUGGAUAUUUCUACUCACAAAACAGGUCUAGGUGCGGUGCUUCGAAAUGCAAAUGGCCAUGUGAAAGCUGCCCUCUCCAUGCCUAUGCUCGACAACCUCAAAUCUCAUGAGAUGGAGGCCAAAUCACUUUUCUAUGGUCUCAAUUGGGCUCUUCAACAUCACUUACCUAUCGAUCAAAUUGAGAUGGAUGCACUCAUGGUUGUCAACGCGUUGAAAGCUCCCUUCAAUUCAAAUUCAGAGUUUUCAGAUUUAAUUCUUGAUGUUCUUAGUCUUUUAUCUUUUUUCUCAAAUGUAAGAGUUUCUCAUGUCAAUCGUGUUGCUAAUUCAGCUGCACAUGGGCUUGCUAAAUUUGCAUUAAGGGUAGAUGAGACUUGUACUUGGUUGGAGAUUAUUCCUCCACCUAUAUACUCUAUUAUCGUAAACGAAUCCUUAUUUCUUUAA